CCAAUCAGAAGAGAGGUAUUCACUUUUCAAAACCUGCCCGCCAUCUUGCAUGCCGUACGCGUUGGGCAGGUAAACGUUAUAUAAUAUAAAUAUUGCGAAUCAUUUUGUGUCUGGACAUAGCAUUUUCUGGACUUUCGUAACCCACCUUAAUAUAAAGGAUGGACUCUCGCUUCGCUCACCUGUACAAGCGGGACAGCAGUGUGUCUAUGAUCCGGCUGAAGAUGUCCAGACGCCGGUCUCAAUCUCAGAAAGCAAACCGAGAGAAGAUCCAGAACCUGCGCAGACACCUGGACCAUCUGCCGGAGAUAGAGUUCUCAAUGGAUGCAUCCAGCCUCAUGGCCACCCAAGACAAAGCACCAAAAACAAAGGCAGCUAAUGAUGUAAAUGCUGCUGCUGAGGAGAGAAAGAAGAUGCUUGCUCGUUACAAAGAAAACAAGGUGCUGCAGAAGGAGAAGGAAAAGCGGGACAAAGAAAAGAAAGGCGUGUUUAAGGUCAGCCUGUAUAAGCCACAGCCACUCGGGUAUCUGCCUUCAAACACUGCUGGAAAAAGCAGAGCCAAGAUCACAGAAACUAACCAGUCCACACGAGUGACCCGCUCAAUGAUGCAGAAUCAAAAGCUAGCAGCAGACAGACAUGCUGUUCCAAAGAAAGUUGAAAAUGCAUUGAUCACCAGAGCUUCAGCCAAGACCAACUCAAAAUCUGUGACUACCUCCAAAACCAGAGUAGCUACAGUUGAACCGUCUGUAAGACCUCCAAGCACACGAUCAGCUGCUAAAACACCGGCAGCUGUGGUUAAACCAGUUACUGAUUCAAGGGCUGCAAAAACAAGAUCAGCUGUUAAAUGUCCUGUAGCGCCCUCUUCAGGCAAAGAGAAAGAUGUACAAGGCAACACAAAGGCAAUUAUUGGAAAUAAGACUGCUGAGAAAAAGGAAACUGCAGUUGAUUCUUUGAGACCUGAGGAAGAGGAACCCAAAGCAGCUGCCCCCUCAUUUGCCCCUCAGGGAUUCGUGUUCCAGGCUCCUGUUGGUCUAAGGUCGUUCGAGCCUGCACCCCUCUCUCCACGUUCAGCCAGCACCUUCCUCUCACCGAGCAUCCUUUCUGAUGGCAACGUGGAGCCCACAUUCCCCUCUCCCCCAAAACCUGUUCUCCCUGCUCCUUCCCUCUCCUCCCCUCCACCACCUCUGUCAACCCCUCUACCAGAUCAUCCUGCAGACCCUCCCUCAGUGUCCUCUCCCCCUCCUGCCCCAUCCAUCUCCACAGCACCAUCACCUCCCUUGGCCCCCUUGGAGCCACAGCAUGAUGUUUCCUAUUUCAGGGCAGUGAUGGCCAGCGAGACUGAGUGUUUGACUGGACUUUCUGAGCUCUGGGAGGCACGAUUUGAUGAUACUUCUGUCCCUGAGGAGACGCGAGACCAGAUGCGUACGGCUGUGGGCCAGGCCAGAUUGUUGAUGAAAGAGCGCUUUGGUCAGUUCAGCAGACUGGUGGAUGACUGCGACUUGGGCCGUGGAGAGAAAAUAACAACCUGUACUGACUUGCAGGGCUUCUGGGACAUGGUGUACUUUCAGGUGGAAGAUGUUUACAAGAAAUUUAACGCCUUGAAAGAGGCUGAAGCAAGGGAGUGGAAAGAGGAAGUCAGGCCUGUUGCCAGAAAAAGAGUGGCCAAAAAGCCUCCUGUUGUGGGAGGGAAGGCUGGAACAGGUGCCUGUGCUGCAGCGAAGAGUCGACUGGCUGCUGUAAAGGCCGCCAUGAGAGCCAAGCAGGCUGAACAGAAAGCCACUGAGACUUCAGACAACAUCCAAGACAACUCGAGCUCUGUUCCUGCAGCCCCUACCAUCUCACUGCCUGCACAGACCGUGGUGUUUAAUGGAGGCUUCUUCCAGGUGGAAAGUCCAGUCAAGCCAUCAGCUGCUGUUAGAAGAUCAUGUCGAACCAGUGCGGUUUCUUCACCCUGUGUUUCUAAGUUCAGCACUCCAGGCAGACAGUGCAGAUCUACUGCAGUUUCCACACCAACCAUAAUCUUCAUGAACACAAAAAUUUCCACUCCUCUACGUUCUGCUGAGGCCCUCCCACAGUCACCCAGAGCUCCUCAGAUUGGUCCUGACCACAACCAAAAUGUUUCGCCAGACACAGAGACCUGUUCCAAUAGCCGUAUUAACUUUGAUUUAAGCUCUACUUGUACCCAACACACCCAACCAGAUACCAGUAAUGGACCAGAAAACAGUCCAGUAGCCCAAACACAUGACUCCCCCAGCCGGUGUGAGUUACCUGUUGAUUCUUUAGAACCUCAGCAUGAAGAAUGCAUUCCAGAGUCUAUGCUCAGUCCUUCUUCCCAAGAGGAACCACAAGAGAACAUCUCUUGUGAAGUCUCUGAAGAGAGUUUGCAUGUCCAGCCUGAAGCAGAUGCUGGUCUAGAUACUCUGUCCCAGGGCUCAUUAGAACCAGUGGAAACAGAACCCAGUAUCUGUGCACCUGCUUCCCCUACCCUGAUGCUCUCCACACCAACCAAAGAUCUCACAGUUUCUACAGCUCUCUUUAAUGAGUUCAUUAAUGGAUCUCCAACCACUAUGGAUGUUGAAAUGACUGGAAAUCAAGAUGCUGAGGGUGAUGCUGGCUUGGACAUUGAGCGUUACCUGCAGCCAACAGUGAGAUACAGCAUGUCUCUUGCACAGAGUCCUGCAGCAGAGAGGUUCUCUUUUGGGACAGUGGAUGCUGAGAUGGAGAGUCCGGUGACUCAGGCAGAGGAGCGCCCGCAUGAUGUCUUGGCAACACCUACAGCUUUUCCCGGAAUGGUGUUCUCACCCCAGAUCAGUCAGAUGUCAGAGAAACUGUUGCUGUUCUCCCCAGAACGGAAGGAGAAAGUGAGACAGUCAGUGUGUGAACGUGACCUGAUCACAUUCACACCUCCCACAUACAAAUAAAAGCACAUCCACUCAUGUGCUUGGAUGUGGAUCAUCUUA